GACAACUUGUCAAAGUGUUUUGCGUUGAGGUACCUCUUAAAUCGUCAAGCCAUCGACACCCAUCGACACCCACAGCCCUCGACUAAGCAAGCCGCGUUUGCCAACGCUUUGCGUACACGUCAGUUCGUACAUCAACACGCAAGUCUCUAAGCCAGCAAACAUGUCUUCCGCUUCUGCCGCCGCCGCCCUCACCACCGUUGCCGCUGGUAUGACAAUUACGGCUCCGACGCCGCUGCCGGGCAAGCCCACGCUCGUCGCGGGCUCAUUCUUGCUUGAGUACACGUCCCUCGAGUCCGUCCUCGCCGCUCUCAAGAUGAGCUCACUUGCGGAGCUGGAGGCGGUUCUGGCUGUGAGCGACAAGUGGCCCUUCCCGGCCCACAUGGACGGCUGGAAGCAGGCGCAUGAUGCCAUCCGCUUCGAGAUGGACACCCUGCUGACCGCCAUCGAGAAGACCAAGAGCUUGGUGGAGCAAGGUCACGGCCUGCAGCAAUGGCAGGUUUCGGCGCUGCAGCUGGUGACAGCCAACUUCUACCACGGCGUGCACAAGCAUCACGACCACGAGGAGGAGAUCUUCUUCCCCUUCAUGGCCAGCCGCGUCACCGUGCCGCAAAAGAUGAGCGCCGACCACAGGACGCUGAUGGCGCUGAUGGACAAGGCGCUGGCGCUGGUGAACGCGCUGCGGCCCAGCCACAACGGCGCCAUUGCCAGGCCCGUGCUGUCCGACCUGCACACCACCUUCUCGGUUCUGCGCCUGUGCAUGCGGCAGCACCUGGAGGAGGAGGAGGCGGUGGGGCUGCCGCUGCUGCGCGCGGCCUUCAGUGCCAAGGAGCUGACGGUGCCGGAGAAGAAAAUACUCAAGGGCCUCAAGCCCGCCGACAUGGCGUGGUUCGUGCGGCGCCUGGCCAUGGACCAGAAGAUGGCCAUGAUGCAGCAGCACGGCAUCCCAUUCCUGGUGCAGCGCCUGGUGCUGCUGCCCGCCAUCCGCAAGGACACGCGCACCUACGUGCACGCCUACAUGCAGCUUGUCGCCGGCGAGGUGCUGCCGCUCAAGACGUCCAAGCAGCAGAAGCGGGGCCUGGCCAGCUGCUUCGCGGCUUGAGCGGUUAAUUGGCGACUUGGUGCAGUCAAUCGGAGCGCGGGGAAACGCGAGUGUUGGCGGCGGGCGCGUAGGGCAGACUGGGGCUGUGGGAGUUGCGUGUGCAGGCAGUGCAGCGGCCGUGUGGCUGUGCGGUCUCGUGCGUAGCAACGCCCAACAUACAUAGUGCAGCGCCACAAGAUUCAUAGUGACACGUGUACAUACCGUACCGUACAAAUUGGUGGAUGGACAGAUGAGGCAUGACUUCGUUGAAUUGCUUAUAACAUUGCUGUCCACUGAUGGCAGGGCGUGUGUGCGCCUGCUCGUCUUCCGUGGCACAGGUUCGCAUGUAUGAGUAGUGUGUCUGGUUGCAAGUUCGACGUGUGUGGUGUAGUGUCAGCCACGGGGCAUGGCUCCUAAAUGCAAUUACGGCACGGGUGAUGCAUGUGUCAGUGUUAUCGAAGAUGCAGUAACAGUCUUAUGUCGCAGGGAUGAUGCAGUGGAGACGAGGAGUGGGCCCUGACUGUGGGCUUUGCGCGGUCCUGCCUUGGGCACAGAGUCGAAGCAGCGGAUGUUGUUACUGUGUUAUGCAUACUGGACGAGGGGCGGACCGGCGGAGUGGACAUGCGGGUUUGUGAGCAAAAUGUCGACCGAGCACGCUCCGCGCGCGCGCCAGCGAUGCGGCGCCGGAUUUACAGACUGUAACUCUAUUAUGAG